AUGUCCGCCCACGCGCAGCAGCAACAGCUGUUUCAAGAUUUCAAAGCCAGCAUUGAAGCUCCUAUUAGGCGACACUAUCAGCAGAAGAUUGACGGCCUGCGUGACGAGCUCGCAGACGCACGAGCAGAAAUUAGGGACCUUCGCAUUCUCAGUUUCCCAAAAACAUUCCAGAACAACCUUGCUGCAGUUCAUGAGACGUCAAUGAGUCAGGAAAGCAACGAUUCGUCCUCCGAACGCGACCAAAAUCUGUUGCGCGGCGUCGCUCCUUCCAUAGACCAAGAUCAUGAUUCUGAUUCUCCGACCCCGAGUGAGGAGACACUCAGACGCUACGCCACGACCAUCGCCUACUCCACAUACAGCACACUUUGCGGCACCUCGGAUCAUGAAUUGAUCCAGCUCCUGGUCGAGAACGAUCUGCAGGAGCCACACAUCAGCCUUGGCCCCAAGAAAAUGAUUGACAUUUCCCGGACUGAGCACAACAUCGCCUACCUUCGGGAAAACAUCGGCGAAGGCUCAUCCCUCUUCGCUGCCAGAAUGAUUCAGGCGAGGGGCUUGAUCUACCCGGAAGUUACGACGAACGACCAAGUACGGCGGCUCGGACCUGCCAACGUCCCGGAGGAGAAACUCCCCAUCUACUGGAUUGUCACUUUCAGCAACCAUGGCGUGGUGACCUGGGAGGAAGGCUGCCGCUUGGCCGGAGCUUACCGGCGGGUUUUCGAGGAGUUUGGUGUUGACGACGUUCACUGCCUGGUGUUUGAGUCCGAAACUAGUCUUCCAGGGACUGAGUUUCAGACAGCGUACACCAUGGAGUAG